GAAUAGGAUGGUUGUUUAUGAUAUGUUUGGCGACUACUUGUUUGCUUGAUUUCUUUUCUUAAGAGUCCUUCAAUUGAGAAAAAUCUGUUAAUUGCGAAGGAUAUCGAAAUGCGUGGAAAUAUGGUAUCAGGUACUGGCCUCCUCCAGAGCUUGUUGGUUCUGGGUGUUGCGAGUGUGAAAGCGGCGAAUUCGAGCUUGCCGAUUGUUGAUCUGGGAUAUGCUUUUCAUCAAGCUCAAUAUUCUAUCUCGAAUCAGAGUAAUGUCUAUUAUAACUUCAGCAACAUCCGCUAUGCGGCUCCUCCCCUCGGUAACCUCCGAUUCGCAGCCACUGAGGCACCGCUCAACAACCGUAGCGCUGGUGUACAAGAUGGCUCGUAUGGAAAUAUCUGCCCGCAAGCUUUCGCGAAUUGGCAGAUUGGUGCUCUGUCACUAAAUCCAGGAGCGAGCAAUGAGAAUGAAGAUUGCCUGUUUCUGGAUGUAGUAGUACCGCAGUAUGUCUACGACAACAAAGCCAGCAAAAGUCCUUCUCCGGUCAUUGUUUGGUUUUAUGGCGGUGGAUUCACGCUCGGGAGCAAGUAUAGUGCUGGAAAUCCAACGGGGCUGUUGGAUCAGAGCCUUGAUACUGAAUCCAAAGGCCAGGUUUGGGUGGGAUUCAAUUACAGACUCGGCGCAAUGGGCUGGAUGAAUGGUCCAGAUUUCGCUGUGGCUGGAGGUACGCCAAAUGCGGGGCUGUACGAUCAACAGAUGGCUUUACAGUGGGUGCAGGAUAACAUUCAUCUUUUUGGCGGAGAUCCAUCGCAGGUUACGGUGAUGGGUGAAUCUGCUGGAGGUGGAAGUAUUACGCAUCAUAUCACUGCAUAUGGAGCGGGAAACAACACAAAUCUCUUUCAACAAGCUAUUUUGCAAAGUCCGGCUUUUAUUCCGACUUCAUUGAAGAACACAACAAACACCGCCUUUGCGAACUUUUUGGUUUUCGCCAACGUCAGUACUUUAGAAGAAGCUCGACAGUUAGACACUCUUACCCUACAAACCGCAAACAAGAAAGCCCAAGCUCUUGCUUUCUAUGGAACAUUCAGCUUCGGCCCAGCUCCAGAUGGGACCUAUGUCCCUGAUCUCCCAGGUAAACUCUUGCUCGAAGGAAAAUAUAACAAAAAUCUUAGCAUAAUCGCCGCACAUAAUACCAAUGAAGCCGGACACUACACCCCUCCUACUGCCUCCACCUCAUCCAACUUCACUACCUACAUGAAGCUCUACUUCCCCGCCAUCUCGGCAACGACUCUGAAUUAUCUAGACACCGUCCUCUUCCCAGCAAUCUAUAAUGGUUCGUACCCCUGGACAACCCCAUUUCAACGCCUCGACACCGCUAUCUCCGAUUUCACAUUCAUAUGUAGCACCCGUUGGCUCGCGAAUGCCUACGGCGACAAAUCACACAACUACAUCUUCUCCGUCCUUCCCGGGAACCACACCCAAGACAUUCCAUACACAUUUUUCAAUGGUCCUAUCUCGACUGUGAAGAAUGAUACGUUGGCGGUCAAUAUGCAGAGGUACUUUACAAUGUUUGUCGAAAAUGGGAGUCCGAAUCGACUUGGGUUGGAUCAUUGGGUUGAGACGGGGAGUGAGGGGAAGGUGAUGAAUUUCAAUGCUACGUUUACGGACACGAGGGUUGAUACGGAGACGGUGAACGAGAGGUGUACGUGGUGGCAGAAGGCGCUUUAUGGUGAUGAUUGGGCUUGAGUUUGGGAGGGGAAGAUUGGUCCUUGUAUAUACUUUGGUACUUUGAAUGUGUAAUGU